AUGCUAACAACUCACCGUCUAAAACAGAUAGCGUUGGUGUUACUACUUUCAUUACUUUGUAACGGUUUCUGGAAGUUAGAGGAAAUGCUGCGAUGUCAUCCAACUGGACAUUAUACAAUUAGCUGGUGGCAGAAGAUUUCACCCCUUGAGAGAGUAGUGUGGUUUCUCCGAGACCAAAUAGAAGGCUAUGAUUGA